AUGACCAGGACCCUGCGUUCAGCCACACGGGUACCUGCCAAGUCGGCAUCUCAGCAGCACGACAAGAAUGGCCGCAUACCGAUCGCCGAUCGUGGGGCUCAAGCCAGCGGGGAUGCAGUCCAAACUCUCACAUCAGCCAUCAAGCUGAUCCCACCAGCUAAAUCGAACCUCCCAGGACUCGACGCAGAGGAAACACGUAUCCUGCGUAAAAAGCAACAGCGCCUGCGCGCCUCAGCACAAAGCAUAACUAGACUCGCAUCGAGGUACGGAAACCACAUCACAAACGCUCUGCAAGCAACAUACAUCUUCGCGCAGCACGAGGCCGGGACGGCCGUGUGCGUCGGGGCCGCUGGUUGGAUCCUGACCUGUGCGCACUGUUUCGGCGAAUCCGAUGACGAGUGGAAGACUUAUCGACGGAAGUGGCUUCUUAGUUAUAGCGGGGUACCAGUGGAGGUCGAGUGCGUCGUCUGGGAUUCACACCGGGAUCUGGCGCUGGGACGGAUUGUUUGUCUUGAGGGUGCGAGUGUGCCGGGUGGCUUUGCGUUUGUGUCGCUGCCUCCUUCAAGUUCGGAGACUGCCGACUUGUAUACGCGCACUCCGAUAUUGUGUAUCGGGCAGCCUGGGGCUGAUGACUUGGAAUCCGAGAGACCCCGAAAGACCGAUUAUGCGCUUGUUGAGAUCUCGCAGGGGAAGCUGCGGGGAUUGAUCCAUGAAGCGGAUCCCCAGGAUAAUUCCGAGAUCGGGACGUUGAAGCAUGAUGCUUGGACGUAUUGGGGGCACUCGGGGGCGCCGUUGCUGUGCAGGGAGACUGGGGGCCUACUGGGACUGCACUCGUCGUGGGAUGAUGAGACGGCGAUGAGGCAUGGAGUGAAGAUCUGA